AUGUGGACAACAGGUGUAACACAUAUGCUUGCUCGUCUAACAGGUUCAACAUUAUUUGCUAAUCAUCAUCUUACAUCAAUUAUUGGAUAUGAUCAUCGUCUAGCAUCUACAACAAGUGUAAAAACACCAUCAUCAUCAUUGGAUAAUGUUGGAGAAAGUUUGCAUGUAGUAGCAAAAUUACGUGAUUUACGUGCUCGUACUCCUUAUGCACUUUUUGUUAAAGAUAAUUAUAGUGAAACAAGUAAAAAAUAUCCAGAUUUAAAAAUGACUGAUAUUAGUAAAAAAAUUUCUGAAGCAUGGAAAAAUUUAUCUGAUGAUAAGAAACAAACUUAUGCAAAAAUAUCACAAGAUCAAAGAGCUAUUUAUGAAAGAGAAAAAAAUCGUUUAUCAGCAGCUGAUUUACAAAAAGUUGAUGCUGAUGAAAAAGCUAGAAGAAUUGAAAAUCGUGUUAAAAAAAGUAUUCAACAAUUACCAACAAAAAAACCACGUACAGCAUUUAUUCAUUUUCUAUCAACACUUGAUCGUGGCAAUGCUGAUUUACGUGAUUUUAUGAAAGGAGCAGCUCAACGAUGGUCACAAAUGAGUACAGAAGAAAAACAAAAAUUUGAAGAUCUUCAUGAGGAAGAAAAACAGCAAUAUAAUCAAACUUUAGUUUCUUGGGCUGCAUUGAAUAAAGAAGCAUUAAAACCAAAAAUUCGACGAUCUUCAUCAUCGGCUUCUUCUAAAAAAAAAGAUGAAGUAAAAGCAACAUCACCACGUAGAACAAGAACAGCACAGAAAAAAACUGGCGAAUCCUCAAAAUCGACUGUCUCUGCUGCAAAAUCGACCGACAAAAAAUCAACUAAAGGAACAAGUGAUAAAGAAAAAUCAUCAUCUUCAUCAUCUGGCGAUGAAUCAUCGCCUAAAAUGAAAAGAUCAGUCAAAACAACAGAUUCAAAGAAAUCAUAA